CAACGGCCAGCGACACUACAAUCAUUUCUUCCUUAAAUGCGUUCCUAUCCUCCUGGCUCCGAUACGCUACCCGCUGUACUCCGCUCGACUGCUCCUCGCGCGGUGUUGUGGUUUUCUUUUGUUUGCUCUUCGCCUGCAGCUCCUCUCGCCGUUUCCAGAAUUUCCAAGGCCGUAAUGCUCCCUUCUGCUGAUUUCUGCUGUCGGUCGAGGUUGCAGCCGUGUCCAAAUGGAAUAAUAACUUCAGUAAACCAAUAAGGGAUGUACCCAGUCACUCAGGUGAUCCUAGCUAAGACACAUGCUUCACUCCAAAGUUUCUGCAGGUUCAGCUCUGGAAAUGCUUGUCCCGAAAUAACUCACCUCACGGGGACCAAAAUGAAUUCUUGCUGCUUAAAACCUGCUACAGAUACUAUAGCGGAUACAAGUACCCCGUACGUAGACCCAUCCCAUCAAAAUCGUACACACUUCAAUGCAGUUAUGCACACACAGUCACAGACGCAGGGGCACUCCCCAACAAACCACAAGCUGCAUUGCUAGCUAUAGCUCCAACUCCAAAGCACGCCUAAGAUCGACGCCAGUGGGGAAGAGAAAACCAUGGAGCGCGCCUACAAGGGCGGCAUCAACGCCUAUUGGAAGCGCCGGGGGUACUACCGCCUCGACGCCGCCGCGGCGCAGCGGCGCCGCCGGCCCCUGCCCACCGCGGAGCUCGGGGGCGUCAGCGUGCGCCGGCGCCGCGGGUGGCGCGUGCGGCGUGGCGUGCUCGCUCUCGGCGGGCGGCUUCUGCGCGCGCUCUCGCCGCGCCGGUGGCUCGCGCGCCUCCGCGACGCGUACGUCUCGGCCAUGCUCAGGAUGGCGUCCUCCCCAGCCGUCGGGUUCGGUGCGGGCGCGCCCUACUGCGCGUGCCCCGAGGCGUUCCCGCGUCCGCCGCCGCAUCUCAAUGAGUACGACGAGAAGGUGCCGGUUGAGAUCUACAGGUCUAUCCUCGCGCGCGGGGGGCAAAUUGCGGUCGUCGGUGAAGGCACGCCCGCCGCUGCAACCCUCCGGCUGUCCGCAGCCGUCUGAUAGAAGCUUUUCUUUUCUUCCUUCUCGUUGUUUUCCUCAGCUGUUGGCGUUUUUCAUUUUACCAGAUAACUGUCAGGUCGUGUAGGUCUUCUCGGAGUACUUUAUUUUUUUACGGGAACGGUUUCUCGCCUCUUGCUAGAAUGCUACUCCAGUUAGCUGUUGGUUGGAACAGAAAUUUGACAAAAUGCCGUGUAUUUCUUCGAACCUCGCCUCAAAUUUACGUUUUUUUUGUUAGACAAAAUAACACAUAUUUCCUUCA